GUGGGCUCUGGAUACUCACUGCUCCCCUUCUCCAACUCUCUAACCAUGGAGACAUUAUUUUCAGCUUUUAAACUGGAUACGUGAUCUUUUUGGGAAUGUUGCAGUAGGCAGGAGUUCUCACGGGAUGGAUACCGGAACGACCCCAGCUCUGGUAUGGGUCAUCCUAUUGCUUUCCACCUGUUUGUCAUCUGCAUUUUGUCCGGAAUGCUGCGACUGUCAAAAUCCAAUCCAUCUCAUCUGUACCAAUCGUGGACUUAAGCAAAUUCCUCGAGAUGGAUCACUCACUUCGGAAGAUGUCAUAGUCUACAGCCUGGGCGGAAACUUCAUCACUAACAUCUCUGCAUAUGACUUGGCAAGGUAUGGGAAUCUAAAAAGGCUAAACUUGCAAUACAAUCAAAUCCGAAACAUCCAUCCAAAAGCAUUUGAAAAGCUAUCUAAGUUAGAAGAGCUAUACUUGGGACAUAAUAUUUUAUCAUCCAUACCUCCUGGAACACUGCAACCAUUGAGAAAACUGACAAUUCUUUAUGGGAAUGACAAUGAAAUCAAGAAAAUCCCACCAGAACUUUUUGCCAAUUUGGACAAUCUUGUGAAACUAAGAUUGGAUGGAAAUAGCUUACAAGUUUUGAAAGAUACAGAUUUUAAAAGCUUAACAAACUUGCAUUAUCUGCAUUUAGAAUCAAACCAGCUGCAACACAUCCACCCGCAUGCCUUUUCCAAGCUCUCCAACCUGCGUUUUCUAAAUCUAUCCCAUAAUAAGCAGAAAGUGCUUCGGAAUAUUCUCACAUUUUCCCAACUGAAAGCUCUGACCACCCUGCUUUUGUCUGACAACGAAAUCCAACAUGUGGCUAAAGGCGUCUUUCAGAAUCUCCAAAAAUUAUCCAAGCUAGCUCUUAGCAAUAACCGGAUAUCGCGUCUGGACAGCGGGGCUCUGCAAGGGUUGUCGGGCCUUAGGGAAUUGUUGAUUGAUGGGAACAAGCUGGAGGAAAUCCCGGCUGGAACGCUAGACUCCUUGGAAAGCAUAGAAGAGCUGGAUUUAAGCCGGAAUAGCAUUGCCAAAGUGGAUUCCUUGGCGUUUUCCCGUCUGAAAUAUCUCAAAGUGUUGAAGCUUAAAAAUAACUUGCUAACUAGUUUAUCUGGUGACAGCUUUUCCCUUAACACCCGGCUUUACGAUCUCGAUCUCCAUGGCAACAACUGGACAUGUGACUGUCGCUUGGAGGAGCUACAGAGAUGGAUGACGGAAGCACACUCGCUUGGUAGACUUUUGUCAGUUUUUGUUCAAUGUCAUUAUCCGGUAUCGCUAAGAGGUAAAUAUCUAGACUAUGUGAAUACCUCGCAGCUACAGAGCAUUAGCAACUGGACUCAUUUGUGUCAGGGUCCAAGGGCACCUGAGGAGAGCCGGGCUGGAGAAAUCAUGGUAAAGCAAGCAGAAGAAUUUGGAAUUAACUCAAAUGUAGAACUCAUAGUAGUGGAAGAAGUCCAAGGAGAUCAGAGUGGCCCAAAUUUAGAAGAAACAUCUGAGAACAGCGACACACGUCUGGUAAGGUCACAGCCUGUUCCCAGGUCUGCAGGGAGAAAACGCAAAAGCAAGCAAAAGUCUAAGAUAAUUCCCACAACAGACCCUCCAUCAAUCACAACAAGUUUGUAUGGAAUCAACAGCUUUACACCAACUAACGUCUCAGAAUCCGAUGGGAAUUUUGAUCUUCUCCGUUUAGACCUACCUGUUAUCACCGAUCCUUGCAUCUUCAACCAAAAUUUCAUCCUCAAUGUCUCCGUGGACCAAAUUACCUCCUCUUCUGUAAGAGUUCACUGGUCUACGAAGGAUUACCAUCACUAUACACAAAGUCAAGUCGCAAAUCAUCGGGAAAUUCACUUUAGGAUUUUGUUUGACCGUUUUGGAACUAUUGACAAAUUUCCACGCUAUGUUUACGCCCGCAGCAGCGCCAAAUAUAUCACGCUUAAAGAACUCAGCUCUGAUGUCACGUACAUGGUUUGCGUCGAAGGAGUAGUCAGCGGAUCCAUUUGUGAAGUCGCGCCAAGAGAUCACUGCGCAGGCUUGGUAACAUUACCCGAAAACGCCAAAACAAAACCCCUAACUCUUGAUUUGUAUUUAGUCACUAUAGCAACCCUAGGUAUCAAUGCUAUACUCUUUCUCAUGAUUGGUUUGGUGUGGUUGGGGAGGGGCUUAAAGAGGAAGUUGCAGAAGAGGAAAUCAGCGGUGCACGUUCGGCACAUGUACUCGACCAGGAGGCAGUACAGAGCAUCCAAUAUGGCGGCGGCGGUGGCUGCAGAUUUUAGCUCGUAUCAAAGCAGUGGGGUGGCCAGACUGUCCCCGCUGGAGGACAGAGAUCUGAUGGAGUUUCCCUGUGAGAGAUUCCUGGACAGCACUACCAUCAGAAGAGGCGCUGACAUGCCAAGGUUUACAGACUGAAAUGUACAUAAAGACGUUUAGCAGUUGUUCAAAUCUGUGCAAUAUCGUUUUUGCUUUUUUUUUUUUUUUUUUUUUACAAUUUUUUUUACAAUUUUUUUCUAUGUAUUUUUUCAUGUUUUAUAGGGUAGGAGAAUUUAUUUGCUUCCUCUUUUGGUUGACUGACAGAAGAGCCAUGUUUCUAUCUUGAAAAAAAUGUUUUCAUCACCGUAGUUUUUUUUAAUCAUUCAGGUAUUACUUUUGGAACUAGCUGCAUUGAGCUUGAACUAAUAAAGUGUAUAAUAUAAAGCAUGUUGAUAUGAUUUUUAUUGACAAUUAUUUUUUAUUAUUAUACUGUAUUUAGAUGAGAAAAAAAUCUAUAGGCAAAAAGUGUGGCAAAAAAUAGCACACCUAUAGACAAGAGGUCCAAAUGUAAAAUAUUUGUGCUUUGAUACUUGCUUAUUUGGAAGGAUAUGUAUUUGAAGUUAAAAAAAAAAAAAAAAAUUAAAUUACUGUGCAUUGAGAUUUUCAUUCAAAUUUUUACUUAAAUGUGUCAGCCUAACUUUAAGCCCAAACAAUCUUAAAGAACAGAUACGAUGCAAAAAGACUUUUUUGAUCUUUUAACCAUGUUAUAGUGUUGUGCCCUCAUCAAAGUCAUACCUGGAGUUGUAUUAUGCUUCAUUCGUGCUUGUUUUAUCAAUCCAUUAAUCCAAAGUUGUCUUCUCUGAACCUUAAAAUUGCGCCGUUCACAUUUUGCCCAUUAAGUUGCAUCGUAGAUCAAACUCCAGAUUUCUCCUACACAGUUUUUAAGCCCAUAAAGCAUAAACUAGCAUUCACCGGGAUAAGGACUUAAUUUGUUUACCUUCUAAAUGUUUAUUCCCCUUGCUGACAGCAGAGGGAGCUCCAAUACCCCAGUGCCUCAUUGGAAAUGGAGGUGAAGUUUAUAAAGUAUAUUUUCUAAAUGCAGACAUUAUUUAAGUUAGAUAAUGUGAACUACGUAUCCCAAGGUGACCAAAAGUAUUUUUAAAGGGAUUUAAAGCCACAUGAAUGCACAAUGUGUUCUUUAAAACAAUUUAAAAGCACCACCUGUGGCGACCUAUGUCCAUACAAUCAAAUCAUAUGUUGUACAAUAUAAUAUUAAAGUCUGUAAUAAUGAACUUCUGUGCCUCCUGUACAGAGGAAAUGUGCUCUUCCUGCUCCAGUCUUCCCUCUGUCCUCUCACAUCAGCCAUAGUCAUCCUGUGUGUACAUAUGAACUAUGAGUGUCACUGAUUUCAAACAUGGUGCUACUAUUGUGUUCAUAGACUGUACAGUUUGUAAUAUACGUGUAUGAUGUGUAUGAUAUACUUUUGUACCUUUGUCAAGAAGUCAAUACUUUUAUGAUGCGUUUAAAUACAGUAAA